UCAUCCUUAUUUUGUAGAUAGGAAGGUUAGUAUUUUUUUACACGUUAUUAUCAGAAUUCCAUUUUGCUUUGCCCAGCUUCACCGUACCGAAACCGGCUCAAGCUAUCGUAAAGUUAGUUUCAAAAACUAGGAACCCCUGCGAAAGGUCAGCCCAUAUUAACACAGGCGACUGUUGACUCUCAGUUGAUUUCUACUUCUUCUAACAUACAGACAUGGCAGCCAAUGGAAAGUUAGCGCUUCUCAGCGUCUCCGACAAAACCGGCCUAGUGCCGCUAGCUAAAUGCCUGUCAGACAUCGGAUUAGGUCUCGUCAGUACUGGGGGCACGGCGUCCGCGCUCCGCGCCGCCGGGCUGCAAGUGCGCGACGUGGCCGACAUCACUGGAGCCCCGGAGAUGCUUGGUGGACGUGUCAAGUCCCUGCAUCCUGCAGUACACGGUGGCAUACUAGCGAGGCUAACUGACUCCGACCAGGCAGACAUGAAACGCCAGAAGUUCGACAUGAUCAGCGUAGUAGUGUGCAACCUCUACCCCUUCGUCGACACCGUGGCCAAGCCCGACGUGACCAUCGCAGACGCUGUGGAAAAUAUCGAUAUUGGUGGUGUGACCCUCCUCCGGGCCGCGGCGAAGAACCACGACCGUGUCACGAUCUUAUGUGAUCCUAGUGAUUACGUCAGUGUUAUUGAGGAGCUGAAGCAGAAAAAACAGACUUCUUUGGAAACUAGGCAAAAGUUGGCCCUGAAAGCUUUCACCCACACGGCACAAUACGACACGGCGAUCUCUGACUAUUUCCGCAAGCAAUACUCCGCAGGGAAGGCGCAGAUGACCUUACGUUAUGGCAUGAACCCCCACCAGAAGCCAGCCCAAGUGUUCACAACCCGCGACCGCCUGCCGCUGACAACCGUUAACGGUUCCCCUGGUUUCAUCAACCUGUGUGAUGCGCUCAACGCGUGGCAACUAGUACGGGAACUGAAGCAAGCCCUCGGAGUUCCGGCCGCCACUAGCUUCAAGCAUGUGUCGCCCGCUGGCGCCGCUAUAGGAUUACCCCUUACGGAGCAGGAGGCCGCAGUGUGCAUGGUGGCAGACCUGCUCCCCUCCCUCAGCCCGCUGGCCUGCGCCUACGCGCGCGCGCGCGGCGCCGACCGCAUGAGCUCGUUCGGAGACUUCGUGGCGCUCUCCGACCCCUGCGACGACGUCACCGCCAGGAUCCUCUCCAGGGAGGUGUCCGACGGGGUCGUCGCCCCGGGCUACAGCGAGGGAGCGUUGGAACUGUUGAAGAAGAAGAAGGGUGGAAACUAUUGCGUUCUGCAGAUGGACCCCACCUACGACCCAGCCCUCCUAGAACAGAAGACCAUCUUUGGUCUAACCCUAGAACAGAAGAGGAACGACGCCGUAAUCACCCCGGACUUGUUCAAGAACGUCGUGACCGACAAGAAGGCGCUGCCUGAGAACGCUGUUAGAGACCUCAUCGUGGCUACGAUUGCGCUCAAAUAUACGCAGAGCAAUUCUGUAUGCUUCGCUAGGGAUGGACAGGUUAUCGGCAUCGGAGCAGGUCAACAGUCCCGCAUCCACUGCACUCGUCUAGCGGGCGGCAAGGCGGCGCUAUGGUGGUCGCGCUCGCACCCGCGCGUACGCGGACUGAAGUUCAAGCAGGGCGUCACGCGCGCUGUGCAGUCCAACGCUAUCGACAACUUCGUCAACGGAACCAUUGGUACGGACAUGCCGUUAGCGCAAUGGGAGUCCCUGUUCUCGGGCCCGGCGCCUGCGCUGCUCACGGAGCAGGAGCGCAGCGAGUGGCUCACGCGCCUCGACAAGGUGGCGCUCGCUUCCGACGCCUUCUUCCCGUUCCGGGACAACAUCGACCGAGCUGUACAGUGCGGCGUAGAGUACAUCGGCAGCCCGGCCGGCUCCAACAACGACGCUGAGGUGAUCACGGCCUGCAACGAGCACAAGAUCACACUCGCACACACCAACCUCAGGCUGUUCCACCACUAACCUUACCAUCCUUCCCUUAUUUGGAGUCAUAGGGGUCUUUUGCCACCCAAAAAAGGACUGAGUGCUAAAAUUUAUAUUUAAAUAAAGAGUGUCUGGCCCUUGUAUUAAACCUUUGAACUCCACGCGCGCGGCGCGUCAUUGUGAGCCUUCUGGGAAUGCACGAAGGGUGAUAAUGGGCUGUAGCCGCGCCCGUCAGAUGACGUCUUUGGCGGUCAAAGGGUGUUGACCCUUAAUUCAGAGAACUAUGAAUGUUUCUACAGGUAAUAAUAAAAUUUGUUAAGAAUACGGACGGUUUGGUGCAAUCUUCGAGUUCCAUUACUGUGAUCAUGCAAGGAGUCAAUUAUACUGCAAAGCAAUCAAUUAAAUUGUCAAUAGAAUAAUCAUUCCAUAUUUUUAUUGUAAUUUUUUUGAUAUAAGUAAUUGUAAGCGUUUUUGAAAAUGUAUUUAGAGAGAAUCUCUUUGAUAUUUGUUAAAAGCAUAAUAUUGUGCCUUGUUAGAUUUUAAGGAUU